GCGUUCAAUGAAUUCCUUCUCCCUUCUCUCCGUCGUUUUGAAUUUCCCAUUGUUACAAGAAGGGGGUGCUUAGGAUAUUGUAUAUACUGUAGCGUCGUCUAGAAUUGCAGGGCAGUAUAGAACACAAAGGGUCAGAAGAGUUCUGUAACAUUAUUGGGUUUCCAAUUAUUGAUUGCGGUGAAUUAGUUUUUGUGUAAUCAUAAACCUGUACGUUAGAUCUGUACAUACGCUUAUUUGGAACGUAUUCAUUAGAGAUUGAGAGGGAAGAGAAGCAGAGAACACCGAACCCUGUCGCCAUUUUUGCCGGUCUUGUUUGGUGUUUCUUGUACAGACAGAGAAAGAAGGGAAGUUCGGGGCCCUGUUUUGUGAAGAGAAAUCACAGGGACAUGGAAUCUUCCUUGACUUCUGAACAAACAGCACCAGUCCCACUCCCACUCCCACCUCCAUUGCCCUAUCCUGCAAUAACCAGCCUCCAUCAGAAAAGACUGAGCCCGAGGGCAUCGCAGAAUUGGGGAAGUUGCCGUGCUUCUACGGCUGGAAAUCCAGCACUGGACCGGCUAUUUGAUGGAGGUUAUCGAGCUGAUGUUUUAAUUCACACGGAUCAUGGCGGCGUCAUCUAUGCACACGCAAGUUUUCUCGGUGUAGCCUCUCCUGUUCUCAAGAUGAUCUUGAAACAAACAAAAGGCCAAAAUCGUGGUCGUCAUCGGUCAGUCUCAAUACGGGGAGUUCCACCUGAAGCUGUCCGAGUUUUUAUCCGAUUCAUAUACUCUUCCUGCUACGAAGAAGACAAACUCCAGGAACAUGCUCUGCAUCUCUUGGCUUUGUCACAUGCCUAUGCGGUUCCCCAGCUAAAGCAGUUGUGUGAGUGGUGGCUAGAACGCAGAUUGCUGACAACAGAAAAUGUAAUUGAUAUCUUUCAGCUUGCAAUGCUGUGUGAUGCGCCUCGCCUUAGCCUCAUUUGUCACCGUUUCAUCCUCGAAAAUUUCAAGCCCGUUUCUGUUACUGAGGGAUGGAAGGUAAUGAAGGAAAGUCACCCGGUACUUGAAAGGGAGAUUCUUGAAUCCAUUAUCGAUGAAGCUGCCAAGCAAGAUUACAGGGUUAAGAAGAUCAAUGAGAGGAAAAUUUAUGAACAACUAUACGAGGCAAUGGAGGCUGUUGUUCAUAUAUUCAGAGAUGGAUGCCGUACCAUUGGUCCACUUGAUAAGAUUGUGCUGAAAGAUCAAUCACCUUGUCCGUAUGCCGCUUGUAAGGGGCUUGAACUGCUGGUUCGCCAUUUCGCUGGAUGUAAGAGAAGAGUUCCUGGUGGCUGCAUUCACUGCAAGAGGCUGUGGAAAAUCUUGGAAUUGCAUUCUCGAAUUUGUGCUAAUCCAAACAUCUGUAGAGUUCCUUUGUGCAGGAAUUUCAAGCACAAGAGAAGGAGAGAGAACAAGAAGGACGAGCUUAAGUGGAGGAUAUUGGUCAGAAAGAUAGUGAGAUCCAAGAGCAUUUCGGGAGCUCCAUUCUUCUCUCUGGAAUCAUCAUGACCGCACGAGUGCUUAAUUGCAAAAUCAAUAUUUGAUUAGUACAAUUCUUCCAGUGUGCAAGAAGCUUUUACAAAAUGUGUUGAUAUAUAAGCAAAUUGGAUAUUUCAUUUUUAAGGUAACUACUGAUAGCCAGAACAUGAAUGGUCCCUUUCCAUUAUUCCUUGGAUCCGUUCUUGAAAGGUAACUACUGAUAGCAAGAAAGAACAUGAAUGGUAAAGCCUCAAGGGCUGUACGAUCGCAAGUCGAA